AACACGGGGAGUCCACGCCUAUUCCAUCCCAUCCGUGCUAAUAUAUACCCUGCCUCCAUUCACCGCUCCUGAAACAGACGCACAAGUCCUGCGAACUGACCAGGCUCCUCCAUGGCAUCUCCACUCUGCACACUUACUGCCCUGUUCCUUCUGCUCCUGUCAUCCCUGAGCACAUCUUUUUCUGAUUCAGACACCCUUAGAGUCCAGACCAAGAAUGGAGUAGUACGAGGAAUAAUACAAUCACACCCUGUACCGGGCAUUCAUGGGAAUGCUUCUGUCCGAGCAUUUUUGGGAAUACCCUUUGCAAAACCACCUUUAGGUCCUCUGAGAUUCAAACCUCCUCAGCCUGCAGAGAAAUGGACCAAGGACUUGGAGGCCUUCUCAUAUUCAAAUUCAUGCUACCAACUUCCAGACACAACCUUCCCAGGCUUCCAUGGUUCGGAGAUGUGGAACCCAAACACCCCUCUUAGUGAAGACUGCCUAUACCUAAAUGUGUGGACCCCUCGUGUAAAAACAUCCCAGCCCCAGCCCCUAGCCCCGGUCAUGGUGUGGAUCUACGGAGGGGGAUUCACAACCGGGACCUCCUCUCUGCCCCUGUACAGCGGACUCUUCCUGAGCAGCUUUGAAAAUGUGGUCGUGGUUUCCAUGAAUUACAGACUGGGUGCCUUGGGCUUCUUCACUCUUCCCAAUCACAGACAAAUGACAGGUAAUCUUGGCCUGCUGGACCAACAGCUGGCCCUGCGCUGGGUCUCUGAGAACAUCGCUGCUUUUGGGGGUGACCCAUCUCAGGUGACUAUAUUCGGAGAAAGUGCUGGGUCAGGAUCUGUGGGCUACCAGCUGUUGUCCCCUGGCAGCAAGCAUCUUUUUCAGAGAGCUGUAAUGCAAAGUGGAAGCCCUAAUGCACACUGGGGCAGCGUGAGUCUGGAAACUGCAUGGAAGAGGUCACAAAGCCUGGUCCAGAUACUUGGAUGUCCACUGUCCCCUACAACCAUGAUGGAGGCUUGUCUUCAAAAGGUCAAGGUGGAGGACAUCGUGAAUAAGCAGUUUGAUGUGUUGGCCCCGUCCCUCAUUACUAUUCCAUUUCCUCCAGUCAUCGAUGGGAACUUCAUGCCCCACUCAGUCGAAGAUAUGUUGAACAGCCAAAACGUUCCAAAGAAAGACCUCCUCAUUGGCCUGAACCAGAAUGAGGGGAGUUUCUUCCUCCCGUACGGGGCACCUGGGUUUAGCCUGAAUGGGCAGAGCCUCAUCUCUAGAGCCCAGUUCCUUGAGGGCAUCCCCAUCGUCCUCCCUCAAGCGGGUACAGCUGUCAGAGAAGCGGCCAUCUUCCAGUACACCGACUGGACUGACGAGAACAAUAUGACCAAGAACAGAGACCACAUGAGCAGCUUGGUGGCAGACUAUAUGUUUGUUUGCCCAGUCCUGGAAUUUAUUCAAAAGUAUUCCCAACAUGGGGCCAAGUCCUUCCUGUACUGGUUCGACCACCGCUCUUCAGUCAACCCCUGGCCUGAGUGGAUGGGUGUCAUGCAUGGCUAUGAGAUCGAGUUCAUUUUUGGGAUGCCCCUGAAUGCAUCGCUGGGAUACACAAAGAAUGAAGUCAACAUGACCAUGAAGUUUAUGAAACAUUGGGCGAACUUUGCUAGGACAGGGAAUCCCAGUAUUGAUGGUGCUGCAUGGCCGUCCUACUCAGCAAAUAAAAUGGAGUAUGCCACGUUAAACUACCACCAUCCAGAAACAAGAAGUUAUUUAAAAGCUCAUGAGUGCCGCCUCUGGAGCGCAGUAAUACCAGAAAUACAAAAACUUUCAGAUGAGCUGAUGGGAUGCUCAGAUGGGAAUGUACUACGCUCCAGUCUUGUGCCCUUACUCCUUCUAUUGGUGGCGUCUGUAAUAUUUCAACUAUGAACUGUUUGAAAAGGCAUUUUUGCACCAACAAAGGACUUUAAAGGAAAGCAAUGGUGGACACUCACUUUGUAGUUUUGUAAUUCUGGACUCUUUUUUACACGCAACAAUUAAUUAACUGCUCUCGUUGAAGUUAAUUGAACUAGUAGUUGAAGUGGUGCUUGACUAUACAAAAAUGUAUUUUUACCUCUUUGUUACCACUUUGUUUAUAAAUUGCAUUGAAACUGAAGAUCUCCUUGAAAAGUAAUUACCCAUUUAACAAUUUACAAAACAUCAGGUAUCUAGCAAUUUUGUACUGGGUUAUGAC